CGUUCAAAUUGGAAGUUGCGCAUGCGUGAAGUCACGUAGGAACGCUCCUGUCCAGCAGGUGGCGCGACAACCGGACAGCAGCCUCAGUCCUGCUGCUACAUGUGACAUUGACAUCAACAGAGGGUCCCGAGGCACCAUGAGGCUGACCGCUCUCCUGUCGAUGGCAGCCCGGGUUGUAGUGCCCAAAGAGUACCGUUACGGUACCAACAGGCCGUGGACGGAGGCCGCUAAGAGGCUCAAUCCUCCGGGAAAGAGGAGGAGGAAGGUGUCCGUGGAGCCGAUGGAACCGGAGGACUGGACCGUCCUGAAGGGAGACAUGGUUGAGAUUCUUGCUGGGAAGGAGAAAGGGAAGCAGGGAAAGGUGACCCAAGUCUUCAGACGUAGAAACUGGGUCAUCUUGGAAGGACUAAACACGCAUUUCAGGUUUAUUGGAAAAACCAGAGAUUACCGUGGAACCUACAUUGCCAGUGAGGCUCCUUUGUUGGUCCGUGAUGUCGCCCUCAUUGACCCCUCAGACAGGAAGCCCACUCAGGUUGAGUGGAAGUUCACAGAAGAGGGCGAGAGGGUGAGAGUAUCCACCAGGACGGGACGAAUCAUCCCCAAACCUGUCGUGGAGCGGCGAGACGGCAUCGUGCCUCUGCAGUGGAAAGAUGGACCCAAAGACACCAGCCCUGAAGACACCCUAGAGAAAACCUACGUCCCAUCUCUAAAAACCCUAGAAGAGGAGGUCAUGGAGAAACUGGGUAUUCAGGAGGACAGGAGGCACCGGAAGUCCUACUGGUACUGAAGAUAAGAGUCCGACUGGCGCCUCCUCGUUCUGGCCGGUUCUUACAGAGACUCUGAGUGAACCGUCCUGAUCUGGAAGUCUAUUUUCAGGUCGAAUCCCAUUAAAAACAGUUUGAAGACACAUAAA